AUGGGAAGCCGAUCAGCAUUCACUUGGCCUGGUCUCGACAACCCCGAAGCAAGCGGAUCAUUACUUGGCCACAACCUCUCUUCCCUCGGACACCAUCACCAAGACGCCAGCCUCACACCACCCAGCGGUUCCAGAUCAGUAACAGCAAGUCCGCCACGGGGGACUUUGACACCAGAGCAGAGGGAAUUGAAGAAGCAGAGAGACAUGGCUCGUCGAGACUCAAAGGCAUCACAACGCGUCCACAGAGCUGGUAGCAACCCCUACAUCCAUUCGCCUCCCCUCAGCCUACCCGACGUCUCUUCAACAAUGGGCGUACCCGUGUACACGACAGCACCGGCGCCAAUCUCCCUUCUCGCAGAGCCGGCAACUUCAAUGGGAUCGUCAUCAUACCUCCCCUCUUACAGCCCGCCUCUGUCAGACCAUGGCUACCAGAGCGGAUACCCACCAAUGGCCCAGGCCUACGGCAUGGGUGGCAUGGACUACUCCAACCAGUUCCAACCGCCAGCACAAUACGGAAGCCGACACUCGAUGCCUGUUGGACAAGACCCGAGCCUGAUGUAUGGCGUGCCGCCACCGAUGGGCCCCGGAGCCCCAGACCAAGGGGGGCACGUCAGAGUGGUGCAGAGCCGGCCUAAACCUCAAUGCUGGGAACACGGCUGCAACGGAAGACAAUUUUCAACCUUUAGCAACCUCCUGAGGCAUCAAAGAGAAAAGUCUGGGCAGGCGACCAAGGCCACAUGCCCUAAUUGCGGCGCCGAAUUCACAAGGACGACGGCAAGGAACGGCCACCUUCUCCACGACAAGUGCAAGCAGCGCCGAAACACCGCCAAGUGA